AUGCCUCUACUUAGCACUGACACCAACCCGUACCCAUGGCCAUCCGAUGCACCUUCAGACCCGCUCCCUCUGCCACCGAAUGUGCCAACUGAAGAUCAGCCACACCCACCUCGCGACGAUUUAAUGGAAAGAUUACGACAAGCGCUCCAGCAAAAUGCUGGCCGAAACAAUGAAUGGCCGCAACCAAGUUAUCUUCCGAAACUCCCCCCGAUCAAGUUACAAAAAUUCUCGGGCAAGGAAAAUGACUGGCAAACAUUCAUUGAGCUAUUCACCAGCGUCAUUCAUGACAAUCGUACGCUGGGUGGAGUGCAAAAAAUGCAGUAUCUUAUUUCCAACCUCGAAGGGCCACCCAGAAAAAUGAUAUCGCACCUUGCUCUCUCCAACACCAACUACCAGAGUGCAAUGGCGAUAUUGAAGGCCAGAUAUGAGAAUAAACGUCUAAUGGUGGGCAAUUACAUGAACUCCAUUGUCCAGUUCAAAAGACUCAAUGGAGGAUCCGCUGAAGAUGUAAUUAAGCUCCAUGAUUGUAUCAAUGCAUGCAUGGCAGGGUUAAGAAAUCUCGGCUACAAUGUCUCCUCAUGGGAUCCCAUGAUAGUCACGAUCGCGAUGCAAAAAUUCGACUCUGACACGAUCAAAGCCUUUGAGGAAAACAUUUCUGACGUCACUGCAGUACCAACUAUCGCGGAGCUACUCCAAUUCCUGCUCAAGCGCUUCAGGAUACUUCGCUCAGCUCCAAGAGAAUACCAACAAAAGGACUAUAAGAAGAAGUCCUUUCACACUACAACUUCUGACUCAAACAACUGUUCCAAAUGCGACAAGGACCACCCACUGAUCAAGUGCCCAGCGUUUAAGAAAAUGUCUCCUUAUGAACGCAAACAACACACAAAAGAUCACAGUCUUUGUUUCAAUUGUCUGUACCAUGACAAGAAUGAGGAAUGUAAGAGUAAGAAGUCCUGCUUUGUCUGCAAGAAAAAGCACCAUACGCUCCUCCACGUCGAGCAAAAGAAAGACUCCAGUGCAAGCCACCACACCUCUGUUCCGGAUGCUGUCCAAGAGGAAGAUGUGAAUGCUACCGACGCUGUGGCUAUGCACAUACCGGUUCUGGUGACUCCUGAGACUACUACUGAGAAUGCCGCCCAGGCGUUACAGCUUCCGAGACAGAAGGCGUCAACUUCAAUCAAGGGGAUAGGAGAUGUUAAAACAACUGUCUGCAAAAACAUCAUCGAUCUUGUCAUCGCACCGAGAUUCCCCUCAAACAAUAAAUGGUACACUAAAGCUUUGGUGCUUCCUAAGUUGUCAUCCUUCUUGCCAACCAAACCGGUCGAAUCCCUCUUCACUCUUCACAAGGAAGAGAAGCUCGUCUUAGCCGAUCCAAGAUAUGACACUCCUGGCUCAAUUGAUGUCAUCAUCGGCACGCAGCUCUACGCCCAGAUUAUCAAAAAUAACAUCAAGCGGGACAACAGCGGGCUAAUUGCUCAAGAUACUCAGCUUGGAUGGAUCAUUCUGGGAAAUUCCUUCAGUCCAUCAUCAGAAACUGAAGUCUCUUGCCUCAUCUCGCUGGCAGAAAUCGAUCACUCUCUGCGUACCUUCUGGGAGAUUGACGUCGAGGAUUCUGCACCAACUCAACAGCAACAAGAAUGCGUGGCUCACUACGAAGAGACUCAUUCCAGAACCAAUGAUGGGCGUUACCAAGUGCGUCUUCCCUUCAUCAAAAACAGCCAAUUUCAACUCGGAGAAUCUAGAGGACAAGCAGUCGCUCGAUUCCUAUCAAUGGAGAAAAAGUUUGCCAAGGAUCCGCAGCUUAAGAAGGAUUACUCACAAUUCGUGCAUGAGUACCUCGAACUUGCUCACAUGACGCCGGUGCCGACUUACUCCGGGCCAUCAGACGCCGUCUACUACUUACCGCAUCAUGCCGUCUUUAAAGCUGAUAGCACCACCACCAAAACAAGAGUGAUUAUCCCAGAAGAAUUGCGCGAGCUAAGGAAUAUCCAAUUCAAAGGAGAUGAAAUCGUCAAGUCUCUCGGUAUAUACUACAAUCCACUUAGAGACGCAUUUCAAUUCACCGUCAAGCUCAGACCGAAAGAGAUCCUAACAAAACGUGGCAUAACAUCCGAGAGUGCCUCUAUUUUCGAUCCAAUCGGAUGGCUGGCUCCAGUCAUUCUCCGCGCCAAAAUCAUCAUUCAAAUGCUCUGGAAAGAAGAGGUUGGAUGGGAUCAAAAACCAGCAGAAGUCAUCAUAAACAGGUGGAAGGACUUCAGGAAUGACAUUACAGCCAUUGAAGAAAUAAGAAUCCCGAGAUGGACCCAAUACACGCCACAAUCCAGAGUUGAACUGCACGGUUUUGCUGAUGCCUCAGAAAAGGCAUUUGCAGCCUGCAUCUACAUUCGCGUAACCACAGGAAAACAAACCACUGUUCAUCUUCUGACGGCUAAAACUCGUGUGGCUCCACAAAAAGGAAAAAUAACUCUUCCCAGAUUGGAACUUUGCGGAGCUGUCCUCUUAGCACAGCUCCUAAAAAGGACUGAGAGCACUCUCAAGAUACCAAUUCAUGCAGUGUUCGCAUGGAGUGACAGCGAAAUCACCCUUGCCUGUGUAUGA